AACCACACCUGAAAAAACGACAAAUCCAUCUACAAUAACUAAAAACACCACAGCAAAACCAACGAAAAACACACACAAAGAGACUUYGGGAGUCACGACUCAUGCUGCUCACGAAUCACACAAUCACGGGGGAGGUGAGGGGACCAGUUUUGAAGGACAAAUGAAAAUGGARAAACAAUUCUCGAAAGAUUUGGAAGACAAAAACUCCAARGCGUUUAARGAUCUGAAGACGAAAUGUGAAACUGCGAUUAGCGAGACGCUUAGKAAUAAAGGCGUCGACUGUGAUCCUGACUGCUACAAGUUUACUGAAGGUAGUGUGGUCAUACAUUACAGAAUCAGCACAAAGACUUCUGUUGACACCACAAARCUAAAUGAAGCCUUCAGUUCUUCGGUCAGAUCAGGACCAUUGAAUGCUCUGUCUGUCAGUGCUUUCUCGAUUGCCAGGUCACAAAGUGAUUUGUCAGGCGAAUCAAACAAUCACGCAGCUACAGAAGCAAGCGACACCGAGUUAGUCGAGCCCUAUUUGUACUUCUUGUACGGUUUUGGGGGAAUGAUGGGCCUUGCUUUUGUAUUCAUCGUGCUUGCUGUCAUUAAAAGAAAGGUUAAACCUUCUCCUGAUGCUGACAAGGAAGAUUUGUAUGAAUCAUAUUUUAACACACCAGUCUCAAACAAGAAAAUGCCUAAUGAUGACUUUACGACGAAAAGGCAGAUGAAACAAACGUUUGAUUAUCCARCUGAUGAGAACAAGAUUAACAAAGGCUGGUAGAGAGUAAUGGAAUAAAGAAAUCAAUUUUCAAAAUGAAAUACAACUAAGACUUUAAAAUAGAAGACGCGACGGCAUCGGAAUUGAAUUGUAUUUCAGUGAUGGUGUGGCUAGAUGGCAUAUACUUACAGACCAGGUAAUCAUGCUAAAGGGACUCACGUUAAUUUCAAAUCUCUGAAAUAAAAAUAGUAAAUAAAAGUUUUAUAGACUGUCCCGAUAAUCCCUUAAACCUAACCCUAYGACUAGAGCUACGAAUCUAAUCGAUACCUGGUUUGAAAGGAUACCAUUUAGCCACAGCCUUUAUUGAUUCAAUGAAAUGAUAAUUAUCAGCAUGUUUUCAUCACAAGCACACAAUUUUGAAUCUGUAAAUAAAGCCGUACGAACUUAAAGAAAAUGCAAGAUGGCGGAUCCAAAAUAUCCGACUUAUGUAUUUCAAAAAUUCAAAUGCGCAAAACUUAGCAAAAAUCCCCUAGAUUAGAGUAAACCCCUAAACGCCAUCUCAGUUGCUCGUACUUCACGACAGUCGGUUCUUCAAUAGGUGGGCGUACGGUGACGUAGUUUGUUUACAUCCAAAAUAUAUUUAAAAUUCAAAAAAUAAGCAAUCUGAACUCAUAUAAUUCAAGAUUAUA